GCUACGGCAAUCUCCAUAGCGAUUAUUCCAACAAUAAGGGAACUGGACCAUCACGUUUCCCUUAUCAAUGUUUCCGACGUGAUAUGCAUUUAGUGGAAACCUCUGAUCGGCUUAAUUAAGUAAACUAAUUGGUUAAUUGAAUUUGCAGGAGCAAAGAGGACGUUGAAUCACACAACAGAGCAACAAACAGGCCAAAAUGGGGGAAAAGGGAGGACGCACGGAUAUGGACCGUGUUGGCUUAUUUCAGGAGAUGGGAUAUGUAACAAUCAAUGAUAAAUACAAGGAGCGAGGAAUUAAAUUCAAUGAAGCAGCUGAGAAGGGUAAACAAAUGUUAACAGAAGGCUCAAAAGACAGAUCUGCACUACAGGCAGGGUAUUUCCAAAAGGCAUUUACUCGUGUAUACGAGGGAGAAUCAUACACAGAUCCAAUAAAAUUGCGGAGACAACACAGGUUAAAAGAAAUGCAAAAGAAUAUUGGAAAACCUUUUCAACCAAGUAGUGGAGAAAAAAAGCCUUCUGGCUUGGGAAACCAUUAUGGAACACUAAGCGGACCUAUUGGUGCAUUUAGUCCUGCCGCAAGACCUGGAAAGGAAUACAAAUCUCCAGGCAGAAACUUCCAAACAAACCCUGGGAAAAGAGGCACAGGAUUUGGGUAUCUUGGAGUAACAUUGGGGAAAUAUCCCAAUUACUUGUCAGACCCAUUUGAUCAGCAUAAAGAAAUUGCCCGGAAAGAAUUACAACAGCACAAGAAUUCAAUAAAAGGAACUGGAGCUUUUAGACUGAAUAUGCAUCCCAGAGCUUAUUUCGAUAGUAAUCCAUAUGCCUCCGACAAAUUAGGUCGCAGAGGAGGGUCUGCAACUAUGCCAUCAAAGAAGGAGGAUAUCAAACCCUUCAAACCAAGCUCUCCUGGAAAGAAACCUGCUGGUAUGAAAGCUGGAACAUUUGAUCCAUAUCCAUCACAUUCUGCUGAUGCUUACAAAGUCAAAGUUCCACGUUCCAUUAAUGUUGUCAACAAGAGUGGCAAGACAUUUAUGCCAUCUCAAGGGCCUAAGAGUACACCAACUGUGUCUAUUGUUAACCAAAAUGUGCUCAAAUCAAUCAACAUUCAAAAUUACAGAUCAGUUUCAUCAAUUAUAUAAAGACAUAAUUAUUGUAAUUAGAAUUUUAGGAACCGAAGAAAUUUGUUGUGCAUUUCAAGCAGUAUGUGGCACAAUUUUAUCUCCUUCCAAAUUCCCUGUAAAACAAAGAAAUUUGUGUGCAAUUGAAGCACAGGGUGUUACCGUGUAACAGACAUUUAAUGUCAUAUUUUGUAUAUAAGACAUGCAUUAAGUAUUACUGACUCUUGGUGUGCGAAGAAACCUCAUUUUUAUUGGUGUUUUUAUAUAAUUUUAUCUAUGUAUAUGUAAAUGUGUCCAAUUUUAGUGCAUAUCAGUCCGUUUUUGUUGCAAUGGUCAAUACAUGAAUUACUGUGUUGACAAACUCAUCAAGUGAAAGCUGUGAUAUCGUAUGUAUGUGCUUCUCCUAAAUUACCUAGAUAAAUUAAUUUAACUCUUUUUUUUUGUUCCCCUAAAGCUUGCAUUACCUGUUAGCAAUGUAUGCACUUUACUGUUUUUUCCCCUCAAGAAACAGGAUAUUUCCUCAAGUUCUGUUCAUGUUAGAAAAAAUGAAUGGUAGUGUUUUUUUUUUUAAUGAAAUGUUCAACAAAUUAAUGCCUUAAAAUCCAGGUGCUGUUUUAUGCAUUAAAUGUACUUCAAUAAAAUAGUAUUUGCCUUAAGUCUACAAAUAUGACCAUAUCUAACAAAAGCAGUAUAUAAAUACCUCAGAAUUAAUUCAUUGUACAUAUCUUUAUUCUGUGAAUUGAUAGUUUUACUGUAUGCUAUUUCACUGUCUUAAAGUUGACAAAAGGAAAAUUGUGAACUCUGUUAUAUGUUUUUCCUUCAAUUAUCAAGAUUAAUAUAUUUAAGAUUCAAUUUUCAUUAUUUUUAGCUGUUGAAUUUUGAUUUACUUCUGAAUAUUUAUACCAAUGAACUCUAUUUCUUACAUAACUGUUUAUAAAUUAUGUAAUUUAAUGUAAUGAAUGGGAAAAUGGAGUGGUAUGUUAUCUUUGUUAACUCAUGGACAAAAUAAAUUUAUCUUGAUGA